AUGGCCUCACUGUUCCGCGACUUCUCCUUCGACGCUCCCUCGCGCCUUCCUGAGCAACACCAGACGGAAACCCCACCGCUCAGCGUCUCGCCUACCUCGACAUCGCCAUUUCUGUAUCCCGCUCGACUACCCACACCUCCGCCUUGCCAUGUCAACGACCUCGCUCAGGCACUCACCAAGCAGGACUUGCGUGUCAUUGUCGACCCCAACUUCAGAGCCGCCAACGAACCGCUUACCCCCCCAAGCGACCAUGGCACCUUUGAGAACCACAUUCCGGAACGGCCCAACCUCUCCACCGCGCGAAUGAACUCUGCCACUCUCCGCAUGCAGCGACAGGCCAACGUGCGCAUGCAGUCCUACUUGGCACACAUCAAGGACAUCUCCUCGCUAGUCGAGAAGAUGAUCGACGUCGACCAGUGCAACGUCUGUGAGCCCAAGUCAAAGUCACUGUCGCCCAUGCCGACAGAGGACGACGAGGGCGUGAGCAUGGACUACGCGCCCACGGCUAAAGAAGAGAUCCGCUCCAUGCUGCCAUUUUACCGGGCCGGUGACCGCCCCGACGGCAGCACGAGGGUAUCUAAAAGACCCCGUAUGCGCAGGUCGACUGGUUCCAUCUCGAGGAUUGCGAAGAGGCCCUCGAGGUGA